AUUAUAAAGCACACAGCAGGUUUAAUUUUAAAAAACAAAAUUGCUGCCAUUUGACAGAAGUUUGACGAUCGAGCACCUAAAUGAUACAAAUGCAAGAAGAAAAUGCUAGCAAUUGGUGAGAUCUUAAAGAGAAACCGGAAGCUUCUCAAUCCCAUUAUAUGUAAAACAGCAAGAAGAUGUAAAAGUACUAAUACGGCUACAACUGUUAUGAGCUUUGGAGAUGGCAGUCAUGGAGCCUUGGGACUUCCUACCUCUCUUACUGGCCUAGGAACCGAUGCCUACGAGCCCACUCGCAUUCCUAGCCUGCCUUCCGAUAUUAUCGGAGUCGCCGCUGGCCACUACCAUUCUCUUGCUGUUACUUCUGCAGGAGAGCUCUGGGCAUGGGGUCGCAACCAUGAAGCUCAGCUCGGCCGUGACCCUUCCGCCUCCAGAGAUACAUGGAAUGAAUCAAAGAGGGUGGAAGGGUUGAAUCAAGUCCAAGUCCUUUCUGCAUCUGCAUCUGGUGUUGUCUCUGCAGCCAUUGUAAAUGAUGGCUCUUUGUGGGUUUGGGGGAAGUCUAAACGGGGUCAACUUGGUCUGGGUAAAGGAAUCACAGAGGCUUUAGUGCCUUCCAAAGUUGAAGCACUUGGAGGAGAGAAGAUAGCUAAGGUCUCAUUUGGUUGGGGUCAUGCCCUUGCACUAACUGAGGACGGAAAGUUAUUUGGUUGGGGUUAUUCAGCUGAUGGUAGGUUAGGAAAGAUCACAGGAGCAGUAGAGGUGUCUCCACUAGAUUCAAGUGCCGAUAUUGUUAAACCUAAUCAACAACUCCCAAGAUCAAAGCUUGAAGCUGCUGAAAGAUUGGUUUUAGAAGGAAUGGAGAAGGAAAAAGACAUGCCAAUAGUUUGGGAUCCUUUUUUAGUUGAAGAAUUACGUGGUACUGAAGUUGUAGACAUUUCUUGUGGGCUCGAUCAUUCUUUGGUUCUUUGCCGUGAUGGCACUUUAUUGAGCUCCGGAAGCAAUAUAUAUGGUCAGUUGGGCAGAGCAAAUUGUGAAAUGGGACUGUUUCCAGUUGAUAUCGACUUUUAUCCGCUAUCAAUAGCAUCAGGUCUUGGCCAUUCUUUGGCAAUUUGUGGAGUUGCAUCAUCAGAUGCCACAAGCAUUGUUUCAUGGGGAUGGAACCGAAGCUCCCAGCUAGGAAGGCUAGGGCCGGACAACAUCCCAUUGGAGGUUGAGGGAUUGGCAGGGGAAGGUCCUGUUUCAGUGUCUGGAGGGCGAGCACAUUCCGUUGCUCUCACAUCCAAAAAGGAGGUGUGGGUUUGGGGUUGUGGUAAGAAUGGCAGACUCGGGCUAGGGAGUUCUGCCGAUGAAGCUGACCCAAUUUUGCUUGACAGUUUAGAAGGUUGUCAAGUUUUACAAGUUGUGUCAGGUUUCGAUCAUAAUCUCGUCUUGAUAGCACAGUAAUUUUUGUGCAAGUCCUGGCUGAAAUCAAACUUAUUAGUAUAAUUUAUAUUAUUACUAUAUACAUGUGAAUAUGAGGGUGGCUUUUUCUUUAAUGGUAAACUUACUGGAUGUAAGUCAUGGAUUUGAGUUGUGAAAAAAAUAAAAAUAACCACAUAUUUUUUUAUUAUUUG